AUGGAUCAACUUGAAACUUUAUCCACCAAUAAUUCUCUAGUUUUUCCACUCAUCACCACCUUAAUCAUUUCUUCAAUACUAAUAAUUUUUUUCACUAGUAUUUUCCCAUAUCUCACAUCAUGUUUCCACAAACUUUUUAGUACUAGUCUCUUUUGUAGUUGUGAAAUUUGCCAAGCUUAUCUAACUUCAAGUUGGUCAAAAGAUUUCAACAAUCUUUGUGAUUGGUAUACUCAUCUUCUACAAAAAUCACCAACAAAAACCAUCCACAUACAUGUCCUAAGAAACACAAUAACAGCAAAUUGUGAAAACCUCGAGUACAUACUCAAAACAAACUUCGAAAACUACCCAAAAGGAAAACCUUUCUCAACAAUCCUUGGAGAUUUUCUUGGCCGUGGCAUCUUCAACGUGGAUGGUGAAUUAUGGAAGUUUCAAAAGAAGAUGGCAAGCUUAGAACUCAACAAAAACUCCAUAAGAUCCUUCGCUUUUGAAGUUGUCAACAACGAAAUCCAUCACCGUCUCAUCCCUCUACUCAAAAACCAAAACGACGUAGUUUUGGAUUUGCAAGACGUUUUCAAGAGAUUCUCUUUUGAUAGUAUUUGCAGAUUUUCCUUCGGUUUAGACCCUAUGUGUUUAGAAAAAUCACUACCCAUGUCGGAUUUCGCUCUUUCUUUCGAUUUAGCGUCAAAAUUAUCAGCAGAAAGAGCCAUGGUUGUGUCUCCCUUAAUAUGGAAAAUCAAAAGAUUCUUCAACAUGGGUAGUGAGAAAAAGUUGAAAAAAAGCAUCAACAUCAUUAACAUGUUGGCAAAGGUUGUUAUAAACCAAAAAAGAAAAAUGGGUUUUUCUAAUCAUCAAGAUUUGUUAUCAAGAUUCAUGAGUACGACAAUUCACGACGACAUGUUUCUUAGAGACAUAGUCAUAAGUUUCUUGUUAGCCGGUCGUGACACCGUGGCAUCAUCACUCACAAGUUUCUUUUGGUUACUAUCAAAAAACCGUGAAGUGGAGUCAGAGAUUUUGUUAGAAGCUGAACGAGUAAUAGGCGUAGGAAACAACUUUGGUGUAACGAAUUUCGAGCAACUUAGCAAGUUACAUUAUUUACAAGCUGCAGCAUAUGAGAGUAUGAGGCUUUAUCCACCGAUUCAAUUUGAUUCCAAAUUUUGUUUGGUGGAUGAUGUUUUACCAGAUGGUACAAAGGUGAAAAGUGGAACUAGGGUUACUUAUCAUCCUUAUGCAAUGGGUAGGUUAGAGGAAUUAUGGGGGGAAGAUUGUUUGGAGUUUAAGCCUCAAAGGUGGUUGAAAGAUGGUGUGUUUCAACCUACAAAUCAGUUCAAGUAUCCUAUUUUUCAAGCUGGGUUGAGGGUUUGUAUUGGUAAAGAAAUGGCUUUGAUGGAACUUAAAAGUGUGGCAAUUUCUUUGCUUAGAAAGUUUCGUAUUGAAUUGGAGGAAACAUCAACAACAGCCUUGGGUUGUGAUAAUCCUAGAUUCUCUCCUGGUCUUACUGCCACUUUUGCUUUUGGUCUACCUGUGUUUGUUCGUGAAAGAGGGACCAAUUGUGAAGCAUAG